UAUACAUCGAGGGAUUGUUUUUUGUAAAUAAUCGCUCGGUUAGUUGUAUACAAGUUUAGCGCGAAAGUACUUUUCGACCAUUAUGUUGAGUUUUAACGGUGACGUAGUGAUUCAAAUGUUUUUUUCACUUUCAAGACUCAAUAAAAAAGUACUUUAUGGGUCGAACGCAAAGGGACGUCUCAUUAUAACGGGACGCGUUGCCGCCAGCUGAAUGUGAGCUAAGCAGCUAGCCGGCCGGCUACUCGGUCCAAGUUGUUAUGACUUCAAAAUACUCCUGGAUUGAUUUCGUCUUUUCCGUCAUUGGAGUUUGUACUUUCCUGCUGGACUGGGGGUCAGAUUUGUGGGUCGCCGUCGAGUUUUACUGCCACGGGGACUUUUUGUGGUUCGGGGCUCUGGUGGCGCUCAUGAUUCUGUCGUCCGCCGUGCUCCAAAUGUUCAGCUGGUUCUGGUUGAGGUAUGACCGACAACUUCCCGGGUUCCGAAGGGAGCUGGGAUCCGAAACGGUGCUGUUCGAGGAUAAAGUCAAGAUUAGUUGCUUGCUGCAUGUGUUGCAGCUGGGUUUCCUGUGCAGGCACAUCUCGGCCAUCCGGCAAGGCUUCCGCGUGUGGUGGCGGAAAGAAGAAGGCUCCGAGUACGCCGUCUACCUGACCCACGACCUGAGCAUGCUGCGGCUCAUCGAGACCUUCUGCGAGAGCGCUCCUCAGCUCACGCUCAUGAUCUACGUGGUGUUGCGCACCAAUAAAGCCAGGACCGUCCAAUUCGUCAGUAUUGCGGCCUCAACUACAUCCAUAGCCUGGAUGGUGGUGGACUACCACCGCUCGCUCCGCUCGUUCCUGCCAGACAAAGCCAAGCAGGGCUGGGGCUCCUCGUUGGUCUACUUCCUAUGGAACCUUCUCCUCAUCUCCCCCCGAGUGGCCGCACUCGCCCUCUUCGCCUCGGUCCUGCCCGGCUACGUCGCCGCCCACUUUGUACUCGUCUGGUCCUGCUUCGUCACGUGGGCUUGGCGACAAAGAACCGACUUCAUGGACAGCGUGGGCGGCGAGUGGCUCUACAGGGCCACCGUCGGCCUCAUCUGGUACUUCAGCUGGUUUAACGUCGCCGAAGGACGGACUCGGAGCAGGAGCGUCAUCUACCACACUUUCAUCACCGUCGACGGCGGGAUUCUUUUAACCACUUGGUGGUGCUACCGCGACCCGGUUAGCUCGCAGACGUACGCGUUAGCGUUGCUCAUCACGCUAACGCUCACGUACUUGCUAGGUUUGCUGUUUAAGUGUAUCUACUAUUGUUGUUUUCAUCCUAAACUGUGGAGGCCGCCGAUUAGGGAGCCGAGAACGCCCGUCGACGCGCCCGAUUCGGAAGUUGACUUUCGGGAAUUUUCCAUUCAGGACAGAACGCUGUCCUGUCUACUGUUUAAUAAAAGGAUGGAGCACAACGCAGCGCUCUUUUACGCAAGUGAUUAGAGACGUCGGAGUUGUUCGCUGACUUUGACAGGGAUAGACGUCCAACCAGCCAAAUAUUUAUAGGUUUUCAUAUUUUAAUGAGGAUAGUAUGCAAACAAUGUCAGAAGAGGGAAAAUAAGUAUGUGAACUAUCAUAUUUAAUAUUUUUUGGCCCCGUUUUGCAGCAAUAACUUCAACCAGACGCUUCCUGUAGCUGCAGAUUAGUUUGGCGCAUCGAUCAGGACUAAUUUUGGACCAUUCUUCUCCACAAAACUGCUGUAUUUCAGUUAGAUUCCUGGGAUGUCUGGUGUGAAUCACUGUCUACAGUUCAUGCCAGGGCAGCUCAGUGGGGUUCAAGUCUGGACCUUGACUUGGCCACUUUUGUUCUUCUGAAACCAUUCUGAAGUUGAUUUACUUCUGUGUUUUGGAUCAUUGUCUUUUUGCAGUAUCCAUCCUCUUUUUAGCUUCAACUGUCUGAUAGACGGCCUGAGAUUUUCCAGCAAAACAUCCUGAUAAACUUUGGAAUUCCAUUCUUCCAUUAAUGAUUGCAAAUUGUCCAGGCCCUGAGGAAGCAAAACAGCCCCAAAUUAUGAUGCUCACACGGUGGGGAUGAGGUGUUGAUGUUGGUGAGCUGUUCCAUUUUUCCUCCACACAUGACAUUGUGCAUUACUUCCAAAUAAUUCAACUUUGGUUUCAUCAGUCCACAAAUUUUUUUGCCAACAUGUCUGUGGCAAUGUCCAAGUGCCUUUUUGCAAACAUUAAACGUACAACUUUUUUUUUUUGUAGACAGCAGUGGCUUCUUCCGUGGAGUCCUCCCAUGAACACCAUUCUUGGCCA